AUGGCGACAGAAGACGAGGCAUUGGGAUCCGUUGGUUCGUUUGGAUUGUCAAGCGUUCUAGCUUCGGCAGGUAUCGAUAUCAAUUCACUUGGAUCUUUCCUAGGUGAAGGAUCAGGAACUUCCUCUAGGCAAAUAGCUGAAAUUGAAGCUGAAGACAAUGAAGACAAAUACGAAGACGAUAUCUCAGAUGAUGGAUUACCAGCUGAAAAUGAUGAAGAUACCGAAGCUAGAAAGAGGGAACAAGAAGCUAGAAAGAGAGAAGAGGAAAGAUGGAUUAGAAAAGGAAUGGAAUUAGCUAUGGAAGCAGAUAAAGGUAAAGGGAAAGGAAAAUUAAUGGAUGGAAUGGGUAAAUCAAAGAAGGAAAAAGAAUUAGAUCAACUUCGUACAAUAUGGCCAGGAUUCGAAAAGGGGAAAAGGUUAAGAAUGAGUGAAAUAUUUUAUGAAACUCCUGCAGAUCGAAAAGCUAUAUUAUUGCAAAAAAGAAAGAAGAGAAGAUUGGAAAAGGGCAAGGAAUUCACUUUUACCGUUGAUCACACUUCUCUACCCAACUUACCAGCGACCUUUCUCCUUCCAUCAUUACCUCAAUUGGAGAUACUGUCUCCGGAUGAACCAAAUUAUAAAGCUCCCAUAGGAUCGUAUUUUGACAAGGAGUGGGUCAGAGAAGCGAAAUCAAGAAGAAGGAGGGAAAUGACAAAGCCACCCUCCGGGAUGGAAUGGACCGGUCAAGCAGACGCUUUUCCAAAGCACGCUUGGCAGGACGAUUUGAUGGGUCAGGCGUUGGAAUUAGAGGAUUGGGAGAAAGGUAUAAUAAUGUGCUCUCUAAAUCUGCCAGCGGUAAAGCCAAUAGAACCGCUCGCACCCAGAAAUGGAAUACUGGAUUCUGGUGAUUGGCUUAAUGAUGUAAUAUGGGAUGCGAGACGUGUCUCUCCUGAUCUUUUAGAAAGUGAGGAAGAAGACAUUCUGAUCGAAGAAUCCACCAGGAAAACUGUAACAGGGAAAGGUAUAACACUACCUGUUAUUACGAAAUUGGAUCCGUUCAACUUAUCAAACGAUCAUUUGUAUGAGCAUUCUCGAGAAGCUAGAUAUAGGAUCAGGCAGACAUUCGGAGCUAUCGAAGUCUUUCAUUCAGGACCUGCUAAACAGCUACAACUUCCUUUCUACAAAACCACUUUCACGAAAUCAGAAGCAAGAGCUUGGCAUCGACCGGCCCUUCAAUUUCCUACUGGUGUUACUUUCGGUUUCUCGAAACUCAAAUCUAACCCUUCAGCAUCCGUCAGCUCGAAGAAAAAACAGAUUGUCGCCGACCCUUCAGAGAGGUUCAAAACAACGAAAGAUCUAACUCUGACUGAAAAGGGCCCAUAUGUGUUAUUUGAAUUUUCGGAGGAAUAUCCACCCAUCAUGAGCAACUAUGGUAUGGGUACCACAAUCGUAAAUUAUUAUCGAAAAAAGGACGAGAAAGACGAGCAUGUACCCAAACUUGACUUUGGACAGCCAUCAAUACUAAAUCCCGGUGAUGCUGAACCGUUCAUGCUUGGUUAUGUUGACCGAGGCGAAGUCACUCAAGUUAUACAUAACAAUCUUCUUAGAGCACCUAUAUUCCGGCAUACUCCCGAAACAACCGAUUUUCUCGUUAUACGCCAAACUGUAAACGGUCAUUCCACGUUCAAUCUGCGCGCCAUCAGCAACAUCUUCACCGUUGGUCAAUCGGUUCCUAAUGAAUCUGAGAUUCAUGCUCCCCACGCUAGGAAAAACACGAAUACUUCAAAAAUGAGAUUGAUGAUCAUCGCUUGGUUGUUGAUCACGAAAUCGAAGCAAAAGAGAUUUAAGAUGUCAAAAUUGUUGAAGUAUUUCCCGGAUCAAACGGAAUUGCAAAUGAGACAGAGAUUGAAGGAAUUCCUCACUUUUGCUCGACAGCCUGGACCUAAUCAAGGCUACUGGAUGUUGAACCCGGAAUACGAGUUCCCGUCUGAUCGAAAAGAAGUAUUGGAACUUUGUUCACCUGAAGCUGCAGCUUUAUUCGAAGCGAUGCAAGUUGGAGCCAGACACCUACAUGAUGCAGGUUAUCACAAAACGGCUGAGGGCGGGCAAGAAGAUGAAGAUGAAACUGGACAAGAUAUAGAACAACAAUUAGCUGUUUGGGAGACCACGCAUAAUUACAAAUUGGCUGAAGCGCAAAAGGCCUGGUUAGUAGUUCAUGGUGAAGGUGAUCCAACCGGAAGAGGUGAGGGAUUUAGUUUCCUAAGAGCAAAUAUGAAGAAUUAUUUCUUGAGAAAAGGUGAGACUGAACAAGGACGAAGACUCGAAGCGGAAGCCAAAGCGGGUGGUAAUGUGGUCAAAAUCUCUAAUGCCGAACAAAACAGAAUUUACGAAGAAGAGAAAAGAAAAGUAUGGGAUCUCCAAUGGAACUCGUUAUCAAACCCUAAUCCACCUGAGCUAAGAGCUGAAGAAGAUGAUGAAAGACCAAUAACAUCUACUCCUGCUGGAUUGGGACCAAGGUUCAACAGAGAUAGAGGCGACAGUAGAAGAGCUUUCUCAAGAGGAAAUUCAGUUGCUACCCCAAUGUAUGCUGAUUCUCCAAGAGAAUCAAGUCCCGCUUUCAGUAUGGACGGUGAAUCUACUUAUACUGGUAAUCCUUCCGCUAAUAAAGUACUAAGAAUCAAAAGAAAAAUCAAGGGUAAAGAACAAGUCGAAAUCGUACGGGAUCCAGCUGUCAUAUCAGCCUAUUUACGAAAACUGGAAGACAAAAAACUGGAGUUCUAUAUGGAGAAUGUCGAUCAACUCGAGGCUACAGGUAAUGAAGAAGAUGACGAGAUACGUAAAGCUGCAUUGAGGAAGAAGAUCGAACAAUAUAAAUUGAACCAACAGAGGAGGUUGAUGAGAAAGAAAUACGCUAGUAGAACUUUAGAUCCUGAUAAUGUCGAUGGUGUAGAUAUGGAAGGAGGGAAACGUAAAUGUGGUGCAUGUGGUCAGAUUGGACACACCAAGGCCAAUCGGAACUGUCCAAUGUUCAACGCUUCGGUGGCACCUUCGCCUUCCAUGUCUGCAGGUGCCGCUACACCUUCAGGAUUUGGAGGUUAUACUCCUGUAGACACAAUUGAUAAUGCUCCUACCCCUAGUACCUCUUUUAAGAUUAGGUUGGGCGGUGGACAGAGGUAG